AUGAAGCGGAUGAACUUGCGCUGGAAAUCGCCACCCAUGUGGCCGUCCGGAGUGGGCAGCAGACAGCCAUGUCCCAGGGAAUCCGCCCUGCGCAGGGCGGCCAUCAGCGGCAACAUCCUCGCGCUCCCACCGCUUCACGUCCCCACGGGCAGGAGCGUUCGAGUCUUCAUCUGUGCCAACCCCGACGACACAGAGGCAGAGAGAAACGCAUUGAAGGAACACGUCUAUCCCAAACUCCGAGACUUCUGCAGGGAGAACUAUGGGAUUGAGUUUCAGGUGGUGGAUCUGUACUGGGGGGUUGAUCCAGAGGAGUGGGACAGCCCAGAGCUCCAGAGGCUGAGGAUGAAGUUGUUGGAGGAGUGUCUGAAGACGUCGGCUGGGCCUUGCUUUGUUGGUCUGAUUGGGGAGAAGUAUGGUGGGAUCAGGGUGCCAGGCGAGGUGGAGUCAGCGGAGUUUGAGAUGAUCCUGGAUGCUGCUGUGGAGGCAGGUUUAGACACACAUAUCCUGGAGGAGUGGUAUUGUCGUGACGAGAAUGCUGUCCCACCUGCGUACUACCUCAAACCCAAAGCUGAGAUUCUCAAGAACUACCAGAACUCGAUGGAGUCGAGCAGCGUGGCCAAGUCCAAAAAUGAUAAAGCGUGGAGGGCCGUGUCAGAGGAGAUCAAGAAGAUCUUUCGCACAUCGGUGCUGCAGCUGCAGGAGAAAGGCACCAUGAAGAGUGCCCAGGCCAAGAAAUUCCUCUGUUCUGCCUUGGAGGACGAGCUGGACUUUGCCCUGGGCAAACAGACGCCAGCUUUCCUGAAGAAAUGCGUGUGCUAUAUCCGCAAGAUCUCCAACUUCGACCGUCACGCCAAGCUUCCUGAAAUGGCACGGUACAUGGACAUUGUCGUCAACGGCGACCGUGUCAUGCGGAACCAGGAGGCCUACGAACGUCUGCUGAAGGUACGCGACGAGUUCAUCCCCAUGAUCGUGGCCGCCUCCAAUCUCCGUGUCUACUCCUCCGUCACGCAUUGCGACAUGAAACUGGGCUACUCCCAGGAGGUGGAGAGUCACUACGUGGAGGGCCUGUGUAAGCAGUUCUAUGAGGACAUGGUGGAUAUCAUCCAAGCCACUGUGCAGCAGAACUUCGACACGGAGACCGACCCGCUCUAUGACGAGAUCCUCCAGCACCUGUCCCUGUGUAAAACCUACUCAUCUUUCUAUGAGUAUAAGAGCGAGGCUCUGGAUCUGGUGCAGGAGUACCUGUAUCCAUCCAAAGGGAGCAGGAUGACCCCGCUGGUGGUGUACGGAGGACCCUGCACUGGGAAAACGCUGCUACUAGCUGAGGUGGCCAAACAGGCCUACUCAUGGCUGCAGAAGGAAAUGGGACCAGAGACUGACCCAGUGGUCAUUAUACGUUUUAUCGGGUCCUCUGAAUUUUCCACCGAUCUUCGCACACUGCUGCAGAGCAUCUGUGAACAGAUCGCCAUCAACUACCGCUGCCUCAUCCACUUUCUGCCGCACAAGAUCCAGGAGAUGAGGGAACUGCUGGUGAACCUGCUGGGGGAGUCGUCUUUUCACCGGCCCCUCGUCAUCAUCUUGGACGCCCUGGAGCAGCUUUCAGAUGCUGACGAGGCGCGCAAGCUGUGGUGGCUGCCCGUCCACCUGCCACGCACCGUCCGCAUUGUGGUUUCCACCCUUCCCAACAAGCAUGGAAUUCUCCAGAAGCUGCGUUGUCUCAUACACGACGAGGGACGCUACGUGGAGCUGAUGCAGCGGGACCGCAAAGCCUGCAGUCAGACUCUCAAACAGCAGCUUCUGAGCGUCAAGCGGAAGGUUACAUCCGGCCAGCAGAUAUAUGUCAAUGAAGCCCUGGCCAAAUGCACAUUGCCUAUGUUUGUGAACCUGAUCUACCGUGAGGUGGUGCACUGGCGCUCGCACAAAGAUGUGGAUGACACGUCCCUGUGCUCCACUGUGCACGAGAGCAUCGAGCAGCUGUUCUUCUCAAUCGAGAACAAGCUGGGCUCACGGUUUGUGUUCCGUGCGCUUGGAUACAUCACCAUGGCAAGGGCAGGGCUGACGGAGCUGGAACUGGAGGACAUCCUGUCUCUGGACAAUAGUGUACUUGCAGACAUCAUGGUGAGUUCCAACCUCAAGAGUCCUCUGCGGAUCUCCUACGUCCUAAUUGCUCGUCUCAAAGAAGAGCUGGAGGGUUACCUGGUGGAGCGGCAGGUGCGGAACGUGACACUUAUGAUAUGGGCAAAUCGGCACCUUCAUCUCAUCGCACAGAAGCUGUACCUCAGCAACGAGGAGGACGUGCAUCAGAUGCACAGCCUUUUGGCUGAGUACUUCCUAGGAGCGUGGGCGGGUGGCAGGAAGAAGAUAUUCCACUGCGACAACAAUCAUUUUUCCUCUCUGAACAUCUCCCACCAUCGGAACCCUCACCAUCAGCAAAGCCUUCAUGGUCAUGACAAGGCUGCUGCUGACAAGCACUCUUAUGACCGGCAGACACCCGAACAGCCCUGGGUCUUCCAGUGCAACCUGCUGGAGCCAGACAUAUUUUUUGUCAACCACAGAAAGAUGACGGAGCUACUGUACCACCUGACGAGAAGUGGAAGAACGGAUGACUUGAUGUUUGGUGUGAUCAUGAACUUCAGCUGGCUCUACACAAUGAUAAAAAUCGGGCAGUUUGAAAAAGCUCUGUCAGACAUUGAUCUGGCUUACAGCUACACGCAGGAAAAAGAGCUCAAAUUCCUCGCCACCACACUGCGCAGCAUAAAGCUUAAAGUGACCAAGAAUCCCGCAUCACUGUCUGCUGAGCUUCAGCAAAGACUCCUGCCUGUGGUCACAUCCCUUCCCAAACUCAGACAUCUCUUACUGGAGUGCGACAAAGACGGCCCUAAAUAUUGCUCUAUUGUUCCACUUCACUCCUCUAUGGAUGUCACAUACAGCCCAGAAAGGCUGCCACUUUGCUCUAGUUACAUGCAGAUCGUGGAGAUCCUUCCAACUUUGGCCCCAAACAUUGUCAUUGUGGCUCUGGAGGAUGGCUCUGUUAGCACGUGGGACGUGGAGAGCAAGCAGCUGCUGAGACAAAUAGAUACUGCACGGGCAGUCGUGCUCGGCAUUAGGCUAACCACAGAUGAAAAGUACCUGGUGGUCGCCACCACUAAAAACACACUACUCAUAUAUGAUAACCAUAAGUCCUGUUUGUUAUCAGAGGUGGAGGUUAAAGGGUCCAAGCAUUGUGGAAUCACAGGGGGAGUGGCUUUUAUAAAUGGAUUCACAUUGUCCAGCCACCAUGCACUGGCCUGGCUCGAGGCCAGUAAGGAUGUUAAUGUAAUUGACUUGCUAUAUGGCUGGCCACUGUAUCAGUUCCACUGCUGGUAUGAGGUAACCUGUGUCCAAUGCUCCCCUGAUGGAAUGUAUGCUUUCUGUGGGCAGUACCUCAACACCACAUCCAUAUUCCAUCUUGGUAGUGGAGACAAGCUUGCUACGGUCACUUCUGAGUUUUCUGGAGGUUUCGUGAAGUCCAUUUUGGUGCUGGACACAAUUCAUCAGAUGGUUAUGAUCGACAAUGAGGGAAGUCUCUCCGUAUGGAACACCAAAGAGAUCACAAACCCCAGGCUGAUGGAGGAUUAUGAUUGUCGUGGGGACGAGAGUGAGGUGGUUGGGAUCGAGCUCUCUGAGGAUCAGAGGUCGAUCCUCAUUUGCAAAGCAAGGAGCAUUGAGGUUUUGGAUACCAAGCUUUGGAAGAUGGCGGAGAAGUUUAAGGCCAAGCGCAGUGAGCGAUUUGUGGCUGCUGUGCUCUCAAAAAAUGGCCAAAGCAUCGUAGCCUCCAUGGAAAACACCUCGUCCAUAUUUGUGUGGAGACGGGAUAGUGGACAGUGUAUGGCCAGUUUGAUUGAGAUAUCUGGAGCUAUUGUCAAGCUGAUAAAAUCAACUCACCACAACUUGCUAUUGUCUGUAGCGAGCAGUGGGGUUCUCUCAGUAUGGGACAUUGACAUCAUAACAGCCAUGUCAAAUAUAGACAAAACUGGGAAACGUAUCCAGAGCUUGCAGCUGGCAGGCAGAGAGGACUUUGUCUACACCAUGGAUGGAUCUGAGGCCAUUCAUAAGUGGAACUUCAGCACAGGUUUCAUUGAGAUGAUAUUCAAACAUGAAGGCAUUGUGGAGAACUGCGUCCUGACGACAUCUGGUGAUCUCAUGGUCACGUCAGACGACAAAUCCAGCCAGUACAUUUGGCACACAAAUACCGGUGAAAACAUCUUCCGCAUCAAUGGUCAGAGGAUAUCCCAGCUCCUCAUCACCCACAAUGACCAGUUUGUAGUUUCACUCUGUGAACAGAAUGCUUCCCGAGUCUGGAGGCUUGCCACCGGUCACAAAGUGUGCAACAUACUUGUGACCCUCCAGAACGCUCUGAUCACCACAGCAAACACAUUUCUUGUUGGCACUAGCAAGAACAAGCUGCUCGCUGUAAGUCUGUGGUCUGGAAGCGUGUCCAAAAAGUUCAUCUGUGAUGACGCAAUCACUAUUGUGAACUUUAAACUCAUCCCAGACAGCCCGGACUUUGUUGUUUUCAUCACGUCCACAGAGACGGUUUUCAUAUGGAGCGUUGCAGACGAGUCGGUCUGCCGGAGGGUCCAGUUGCCCAGCAACUUUUUGAGGAACCUGGAAGAUUUCCAGAUCUCACCCAAUGGGAAACUGGGCAUUGUCUCCAAGGGAGAUGAUAACAUCAAUGUUCUUGACCUUCACAGUGGCAAACUUCGUCUGGUCCAUGCUGCUGGCAUCAUAUGGCGGCAAAAAUUGUCAAGGGAUGGGCGCUACCUGGUGUAUGUCUGUUUUCGGAACUGUGACGAAGACGAUGAUGCGGGUGUUGUUUCAAAUCUCAUCGUCAUGCGAUUGGCUGAUGGGAAGAGCAUUGGAACCUGUUCUCUCUACAAAACGCCCACCUACCUCUGCCUGUCGCAACGAGCACUCAACAUCAUUGUGGGCUUUGAGGAUGGCAGCAUUGGCACAUACACGGUAGUGGACCGUGUAGAUGCAGCCCUCAAAAUCAAAAUCGCCACCUCCAACAGCCGCCAGAUCGUCAAUAACGCCUCACAGAAAGUGCGGCCCAAAUGUAGUACCCAUACCUUCAAAACCAUUGCUGACUGCGUGUGGAGGGAGUCAACGGAAGUGUUUUCCCGAGACAGCCCCAUAAACGUGUCUGACAGUGGAGAGCCAGAAACCACAACACCCACAAAAAAGAGCGAAGUGCUACCGUGA